AUGGGAAACACUGCAGGUGAAUGGAGAAGAAAGAUUGGCAAUGUGAAAGAGUGUGGUGAUGGGGAUGAGGAUGAUGAUGAUGAGGAUGAUGAUGAGGAUGAUGAUGAGGAUGAUGAUGAUGAGGAUGAUGAUGAGGAUGAUGAUGAUGAUGAUGAUGAGGAUGAUGAUGAUGAGGAUGAGGAUGAUGAUGAUGAUGAGGAUGAUGAUGAUGAGGAUGAGGAUGAUGAUGAUGAUGAGGAUGAUGAUGAUGAGGAUGAGGAUGAUGAUGAUGAUGAUGAGGAUGAUGAUGAUUAG